AUGCGCGCGUUGACCCGCAACGAGCCGCUGGAACGCCACAAUCUGCCAGACAGCGCUCCCGGUGUUGUAGUGGACGGAGCUGGGUCGACUGAAGCCAAUGGCAUCUAUGUUAGAACUGGCUUCAAGGUAGCCAACACCGAGGUUUUCCAGAAGCGCGGAACCUGCUUGGUGAUGCUGAAGCGAGGUGAGGGCUUGAACUGGAGCCUCAUCAAUCUGAACGGCCUCAGGGGCAAGAGUGACAAGGCCCCCAAAGAAGAGGAGAUCAGCUCCGGGGUCUACACAUUCUCGCCAGCAAAGCUCAGAUGGAACUCGAACUCGACUACCUUGUACCAGGUCGCCCCAAGCUUGCACAGCAGAGACAAUCUCCUUCCACCGCAUGUGGGGUGGACGGUUGUGGAUGGGCUUUCUCCAGCCCCCAGCGUCAACUUCUGCACCUCCGACAGUCUCAGACCCGAGAAGUUGCUGGCAGCUGCGAUCCCCGGGAAGCUCCUGACACGGAUUGCAGAAACUGCUCCGACCGUCGCUAAAGUGCAGACCUCCAUCCAUCAGGCUUGGAGGACGGAGGCGCAGCAGACGCUCCCGCGCAUCCUGCGAUGGGGGACCAGCGAGACUUCUAAAGCUCGGAAGCAAGUGAAGGUGAAGGGAGAAGGGCGCUUGGCUCAGACCCUUUCGUUGCCAGAUCUUCGCAGCCCGGCUGCGCUGCUCAUGCCCGAGGGCGAAACCGUCAUGGUGAUCUACAGCCUGGUCAUUGGAAGGCCCAGCUUCCACUUCGACUGGGGGCUUUCCUUCAAUGAGAAGGAGCUCCGAGACACAGGCAGAAGGAUUGUGGAAUCGGUGGAGCCAAACUCGCCGUUCGACCGCUGGAACAUCUGGCAGAUGGUCCGUGGCCGGCCGGAGAUGUGUGUCCGCGCAGGCGACCAGCUGCUGAAACACAGUGGGGCCUGGGCCUACUUCGAGUGCCCAUUGGAAAGCUCAGAAGGCUAUGAGGACCUCCCGAGCAUCACGGAAUCCGACACCCUGGAAGGUGUUGGUGACACCCUUCUCGUUCUAGACUUCGGACGCUUCGAGCGAAGACCGUGCCCACCUGAACCCCCCAGGUUGGAGCCGUGGGAGGCAGGCUAUGGCUUGCGAGUCGAAAUCGAUUCCAACUUAGCUGGCCCUUACCAGGAAGAUGUGAUCGCCUGGGCUCUGGUGCUGAAAGAGGACCUAAGCGAAGCCGCGUUCGUUUCGACAACCCCUGGCAAAUCGGAGACGUGCUGGCGUGCCUUCGACGGUGAAUCGGGGAAGGCGAGCCAGUUCGCAGGUCCACAGAAGAUGAUGAAACAGUGA